AUGGCACCCCGCGCGCUUGUCUCCGCUUUCCGGCCCAUCAUCUCCUUCUCUCCCAUCACACGCCGCGCACUCUCCACAACACCGCGCAUGCUGCUGAAGGAGGACGGGAACCGCUCACCCGAAGAGCUCGAGCAGAAAAAGCAGGAGCAGCUGAAGGAGCAGAAGGAGGGCAAGGGCCGAUGGCGCGAGGACCUUGCCAGCUCAGGCGAGAGCAACAUUGCUGCGGACAAGCAGAAGAUCAACGACCACGACAGCCAUAUCAAGGAGCUGCAGCAGGAGGGUGCGAAGAAGGGCGCGAAGGGCGAGUUGUAG